GCGUUCUCCCACGUUCCGCUCGCACCUCACGUGUUUGCGAGCAAGCAUCCCGCAUUAGCGCGUCGGGCUGUUAUGAAACCAUCGCAUCGGGCGCAGGUGCCAUUCACGAUAACAGCGCAAGAGGCAUCAUUUGCCGGCGGGCGGAAUUGUUGGUUUUGCGGGCCGCCCGCGACCCUGUAGCACUAGCGCGUGAAGCGCGUCCGGGCCGUCAUCGCCGAAAACAACACCGCACCGUUGGCGCGCGCGUGUGUGCGUGCGCGAGUGUCGCGAGCGUCGUCUCGUGCGUGUGCAGUGUGUGCAGCCGCGUUAGGCAGCGGCGGUGAUAACGCGUCCGCGCGCGCGUCAUUUGCUGUUUGUCGCGGACGAUGGCUUACUCGCACACCGCGGAGAGUGACGCCUGGGCGCUGCUGGCGCUUAAGUCGGCGCCGGCCAGUCCCUCGAAGGUGCAGUGGAACCCCGAGGAGAAGGGCGCGCCGAUCGCGCGACUGGAGGGCCGCGAGUUCGAGUACAUGGUGCGCCAGCACCGCAUCACCAUCGGCCGCAACAGCAGCAGAGGCGACGUCGACGUGAACAUGGGCCACUCCAGCUUUAUCUCUCGCAAGCACCUGGAGGUGUUCUUCGAGCACCCGUUCUUCUACAUGAUGUGCAAUGGCAAGAACGGCGUGUUCGUCGACGGCGUCUUUCAACGCAAGGGCGCCCCAUCGAUUCAACUACCUAGAGUAUGCACGUUUAGGUUUCCAAGUACAAAUAUUCGACUGCAAUUCAGCUCGCUGGUGGAUGAGACGAGUGAGACGCCGCCGAAGGUGCGCGACGUGUCACCGGUACGUAUAAGAGAUCGCACCGGCGGAGGCUAUCCGCUGCCGCCGUUGAGAAUCAACAUACCUGCUGACAACGACACCUACGGCAGCCCGUUUCCGUCACCCACGGGUACCAUCAGCGCGGCAAACAGCUGCCCUGCAAGCCCCAGAGGCGGUCAUGGCCGUCGAAAUAUAUCCGCCGACUUAAAUCUGGUGGCGCACUACGCCGCGCAGGUGGUGCACCCUGAGGACGUCCACCAGUCGUCCGCUAAUCACAGUCCCGAUUAUCGGCAGCCUACGCCUAAUGGCAAUUCGUUACAGCAUAAAGACAGCUAUGGCGGCGGCGGGGCUAGCGGCGCGAAUAAGGAUGAUGCCAAACCACCCUACUCGUAUGCACAGCUAAUAGUCCAAGCUAUUGCAAGUGCUCCCGACAAACAACUAACCCUCUCUGGCAUUUAUAGUUACAUCACGAAACAUUAUCCUUAUUAUCGCACCGCUGACAAAGGCUGGCAAAACUCCAUUCGACACAACCUCAGCCUCAACCGAUACUUCAUUAAGGUACCUCGAAGUCAAGAAGAACCGGGAAAAGGAAGCUUUUGGCGGAUAGACCCGCAAUCCGAGACGAAACUCAUCGAACAAGCAUUUAGGCGGCGACGGCAGCGUGGUGUGCCGUGUUUUACACCGUUUGGUCUCAGUUCCAGCGCACCAGCGUCGCCAAGCCACGUCAACAUGUCUGGCCUUAUGACUCCGGAGGACUGUCUCGUGAAGGCCCCCACGCCGGAGCACAUGAUUGAAGUAAGCCAGUCAGCACCGGGUAGUCCUGGUUCAACUAACUAUGGCGGCGGCGGCGGUGUUAUUGGCCAUCAGCAAAUGAGCGCGCUUGUGGGCGCUACCAAAACACGGUUACUGAUGUCUCAGCGUGCCGAACUGCAGGAACAUGUUCAGUUGCAACAGCAGCAGGGACCCUCUCAGAUCCAACCUUCAAAUGGUCAAGAAUACCGUGAAGACAAAUACUUAAUACCUGUCGGGAACUACAUUGAGGAUCGGUCGUUGUCGCCGUCGGCAACAUUUUCUCCGCAGCCCGUUAUCGUUCAAACGUCUAAUUAUACACCUUACAACCCGGGCGAAUUAAAACGACACUUAGAAGAGGUGGUAGAAAGCCCUGCGGAUAGCCCGACGCACAUUGUGGAAGCGGCUGACAGUAGCCUGGAGCCGGAAAUCAAGCGGCCUCGUCCCGACCAGCCGCCCUACGACACCGAAUAAACACACUAUUUGCAUGCAUUGGCAAAGACCGGACAGCUGAUGGGCUUCUCGGGCGCUAGCUGACAGCACACGAAGUGCAUCAAACAAUUGCCAGUAAUGGAAUUCGACUCAAUAAUUAUUUCGUUCAUCCGCCAAUUUCAAAUAAUUUGCCAAUAUCAUCGAAAAUUACGACACAAAUGCUCGGCCACAUAACAAGCGACAAUUCAAAUAUCAAACAAGUUAAAUUAUUUAUUUAUUUAUAUUCGAAAUGACGUACAUUCACACGCGGAGGUGAGUUGGGCAAAUAUUAAUUUGGUUGUUAUUUAUUAAUCAUUUUUGGAUAAUUUGUUAUAUAGUUAAAUAUCUUUAUUAUCGCUGUGGUGCUUAGAACCUUAGAAUGUGGUUGAGUACGCGAAAGUAUGCAAAUCGGUGAAGUGAUUGAAAAUUUUGCAGCGCAUUGAUAUCGUUACACAUUUCUAUUAUAUUUUUUAAUGAUUUGAUCCAGCGACUGAUUGACUGAGUGGUGUUGUUUUAUUAUUGUAAACCACUCAGUGGUCGGACGCGACUACGAAACAAAUUGAAACACGUUGUUGUUUGUUCAGUGCUGGUCAGCUGCUUGAUGGAUAAGUAUUGAGUGCUGAAUUCGUAAUUGUAAAGCGAUCUUAGUCAAACAGAACAAUAUGUGAAGGAUACCCAUUCGACGUUUUCGUCGUCGACACUGCGCGGAAUUGCGUUUUUUAUAAUUUUUAACCACACAGCGUUUAUUUUCACAAGUGAAUCGAAUUUCGUUUGGCGAAAGGGUUGCUGGUUUUAUUUGAUCCUUCGCGAAACAAAUCGUUUGCGACGCUCGAGAAAAUGGUACGAAUGUCUGCAAGCUACGGAAGGCUUACGUUUCUUUUAUUACAGCGACGAAUACAGUUCUUUUCUUUUUAAUUUAGAUUCUUUUUGCAUGCUUAUCUAGCAUGCGCUUUUAUGUGGAAGGCCAAAUACUGGUAAACGUAGACAUUUGCAUUUCGGUAUAGAUAAUGCUUUUGCAAUUACGAAUCGUGCAAUAUAAUACACACACACAAAUUAUGAAUGAUGCACAUUGGCUGCGCCAGUGUGCUGAUAUGAUUUUCGAGACGAUUUGGCAUGAAAGGAUUACGUUGCCAGGCUGUAGUUUUACGGCGCGCCAAAGAAUGGCCGCGGGUAUUUUUAUUUCCUUUGUAAUCGUUCCGAGUUGCAAUUACAUAAUUAAUUAAUGGGACACUUCUCUGUGUUAGAUCGAAUCAUGCAGUCUUAUUGAUAACUUCUUUGCUAUCGAUUAAAAUGAAAUACUUAGAAUAAGAGCUCUAAUAUACCAGCUAAAAUAGCGAAGUGCAAAAUCAGAGAAAUUAGCCAAUGAGAAGCCAUUUAUUAAUUCAAUGAGGAUAAUAAAAACUAUUAAACAUUUGCGACGAUAAGGAAUUCAAAUAAGUUUGAAUGAACACACCAGGGAGUAGUGUUAAUCGAGUUGAAUGUAAAUUUAAAUGAUCUAUUCAUUUCUGAUGAAUAUAUACAAUAUUGAUAAACUAUGAUGGACAAAUGAGAAAUGUUGUAUUAUUAAGUAAACUAAAUAAAAUUUAAUGUAAAGAA